AAUUAUCAUAUACAAGUGUUACUUUCAGAGUUAAUCAAUACCAUUCUCCUAAAGAGCGAUAAAACGAGUGUCAUCAUUGCAUUUCUAAAUUAAUGUCUUCGUCGUUGAUGAAGGAUUUUCUCCGCACCACCGGUGGUACGGCAGUCAUCGACGGCGGACUUGCGACGGAGCUGGAGCGUAAGGGCGCCGACCUCAACGAUCCUCUUUGGAGCGCCAAAUGCCUCCUUUCCUCCCCUCACCUCAUUCGCGAGGUGCACCUUGAUUACCUUGAAAAUGGUGCAGAUAUUAUAAUCACAGCAUCUUAUCAGGCCACUAUUCAAGGCUUUAAAGCAAAAGGCCUUUCUGACAAAGAAAGUGAAGACUUGAUCAGAAGAAGUGUUGAAAUUGCUCGGGAGGCUAGAGAUGUGUACUAUGAAAGAUGUGCUGCAUGCUCUUCGGGUAUCGAUGCUGAUGGUAGAAUCUUCAAGAAACGCCCUAUUCUAAUCGCAGGUUCAGUGGGGAGCUAUGGAGCUUAUUUGGCUGAUGGGUCAGAGUACAGUGGGGAUUAUGGUGAUUAUAGUAGACCUAGUAGGCUGUCAUACAAUGUUAUCACUUGCCAGGAUAAGGGAAAGGAAAAAUCAACUGCUGGUGAUAUUUCCACUAUAUAUUAUUAUUCAUUGACCAAGCAGGCUUAUUCAGAGCUUCUAAAAGAAGAGGACAUAAGUAUUCCAGCAUGGUUUUGUUUUAACUCCAAGGAUGGAAUUAAUGUUGUUAGUGGUGAUUCUUUGGAGGAGUGCAUUUCUAUUGCUGAAUCAUGCAGCAAGGUUGUUGCUGUUGGGAUCAACUGUACCCCGCCCAGAUUUAUACAUGACCUGAUAGUAUAUGUUAAGCAGGUGACUACAAAACCAAUUGUUAUAUAUCCAAACAGCGGGGAAACUUACGAUGGUAUCCAAAAGAAGUGGGUGAAAAAUACAGGGGUUACAGAUGAAGAUUUUGUCACAUAUGUGAACAACUGGAUUGAGUCAGGGGCUUCCCUUGUGGGUGGUUGUUGUAGAACAACCCCGGCUACUAUCAAAGGGAUAUACACCACACUCUCAGUUAGUCGAUCAGUGAAUCUUGCAGAGGACUCUGAAGCAUCUGAUCAGAAAAUCUUGCAAGAGAAUGUCCGCUGAGGAGGCCAAUGUGCAAACCAAUCUGAUUUUCAUGUCAACAGUUAGUGAAAUGGGAAAAUGAGACACCACAUAUGGCUUGGUUAAUUUGAGAUUCCAUCAUGGUCAUGAAGUUUGGAUCAUAUACUUUUUUAGGAGGUAGCAACCCAACAGUGGCUGUUUCUCAAGAUUUUGUUAGAUAAUGGAUUUUUUAAAUUUCUUUCUAUAAAUACUAUGAUUUUGUCAAAUGGAAAAAUGGUUAGUAAUUAACAUGAGGUGCAAGUAGGUUGGAGAAUUAUGUACUGAUUAUACUAUUUUGAGAACUAUCUCCCAAUGAAGUUAAAAAUGGUUGCCUA